AUGUUUCUUACGAUCAUUAUUAUUGGCACAGUUGAUCUUACACCUGAGCCGAAAGUACUGUAUGCUUUCAAGACACAGCGCGAUGUAGCUGCGUGGAAUGUGUUUUCGGAUGCAAGUUUUGGAGGGUUGUCGAAGGCAACUUUUCACUUGUCCGAAAGCGGAAAGCUAUUGUUACCUCAGACCGCAGUGUUCUCAGGAACUUAUUCCAAGGAGGUGCUAGAGGAUUCAAAACUUAUCCGAUCAGGGUAUUGUGGCAUCAAUCAAGUGCGUUCCCAGCCCUUAAACCUUCGCAAAUAUGACUUUCUGGAUAUUCGGUUGCGCGGUGAUGGCAACACAUAUCUAGCCAACAUCCGCUUGGACCAGUUGACUGGGGGAGAUGAGGAGGUGUGGCAAGCAACGUUGAAAACGAGCCCUGGAGCCUGGCAAGACGUUCGUCUGGACUUCCGUGACUUCGUCUUCACGUUCCGUGGGCGGCUGGUGACGCACUAUGCGCCCACGUCGGUGGGAAUGCCCCGUCACAACAUCAUCUCGUUCGGUAUCACCAUGGCUGCCAGUGAGGACAUGGCCCCCGGGGGGAACUUCUCCUUGGAACUGGAGUCCCUCAGAGCGGGCGCCUACAAGCUCAGCGACGCGGCGGCGGCUCGCAAGGCCUACGCUGGAUACUUCGAGUUCCGGGAGCCGCGGGGCCCGGCGGCGGGCGGAUGUCCCGCGUGGGUGGGGACCCAACUUGUGAAGCGGGCACAGGGGCGUGCUCCUGUGUACUGUUGGUGCACGUCCGCCUGGCAGAGGCCAAGCCUUCCGAUAGUGUCGAAUGGAGAUAUCAAAGCGGUAGAGUAG